CAAAACUGGUUCCGGUAGCGUACGGCGUCGCCGGAAAGCGCCCUUUCCCAACUCGAUUCUCGAUCGGCGUGCCCUGGUGCAAACCUUGGAAGACCGGAAUCUGAUGAUUUCUCCUUUCCACAUCACAGCCUUUUACGCGGCACUCCAUCGCCAGCACUAUCCCGAUCUUCCUACCUUUGUAGCGAACUACUACAAAUUUGAAAAUGGGGAGACCUCCUCGGGCCCGACUGUGGUGCGGCCGUUGAAGAAUCGCGUCUCCACUAAAAAGAAUCGGAACAAGUCGCAGCUGCCCCGCAAAUUCCUGGACUUUCUGCAAGAAGACGCCCAAAGCAGUGGAUUUGUUACGGUGACUUCCCGCAUUGAGUUUGCCCAAACCUCCGCCGAUCGGUCCACCACGAAGCUGGCUGUACAACUGCACGACGGACAGUUGGUCGAAUCGGUCUUGAUGCGUUACGUUUCGACGGCUACAAGCAACAACUCCCGGGCCUCGCUCUGCGUGAGUAGUCAGUGCGGCUGUGCCAUGGGUUGCACCUUUUGUGCCACCGGUACCAUGGGACUGUCGGGAAAUUUGACGGCGGGCGAGAUUUUGGAACAAAUCCCUUUGCCUAAGCUAGAUCUUGUGCGAAAUGUGGUUUUCAUGGGCAUGGGAGAACCACUGGACAACUACAGCAAUGUAGUAGAAGCCUGUCGAGCCCUGAUUGAUCGCCAGCGUUGGAAUCUGGCGCACGGCAGGGUUACGGUCAGUACGGUCGGAUUGGUGUCACAGAUUCGGAAACUCACGGCGGAACUGCCCGAAGUAAGUCUAGCCUUGUCCUUGCAUGCUCCGAACCAGCAAGAUCGCCAGGCUAUUGUCCCCACGGCCAAGCACUAUCCGUUAGAAGAUUUGAUUGACGCAUUAGAUCAACAUAUGAUGGCAUAUCUCCAAAAGAGGACAAACCCCAUGAUUGAAUACGUCAUGUUGGAAGGUCCCACCUCGACAUUGGAAUGUGCCCAUCAGUUGGGGAAGCUGUGCGAGAAUCGUCAUUUGGUCGUCAAUCUCAUUCCCUACAAUCAGACCAAUGUACGGGACGUAUUGCGCUGCCCAAGCCGCGAACACAUGGAAGAAUUCCGGGAAAUUGUGGUAUCGUACGGGUCUUUCUGCACUAUUCGCAAGACUAUGGGAGCCGAUAUCGACAGCGCUUGUGGACAGCUUAUCACGCUCCGCGAAAACAAGCAAUCGCAAAAUGAACACAACGCGAAGGGUGACGUUAAAGAUAUUGAAGAUGGUGGCAGCGGAUGCGGAGGAGGAACAAAACAACAGGCAUUAGCUACAUCCUCAGGAGGGUCCGUGAGGCGUAAAGUUGAAGUAGCUGAGGUAUUGGGAAAAGGACAGCUAUCUGACCACUCCGCAUGUAGCCAUAUAGAACAAGGAGUCAAUUUGGAAGCUUGGAUUAGACCCUUGGCUCUCGCUACAACUUUGGCUGGAAGCUGUUUUAUGAUAUCUAUUGCGCUCGCUAUACGCCAACGCAGGCGACAAUAA